AAUGCCAAUCUACAUAAAUUUGAUAAACCACGCAGUCCACAUGUACUCCAUGUUUUGAAUGAGAUUGCUGAAUUUUGUUAAUAACAACAACUUUUCGUAGCAGAAAGUACAUACAUAAAUUCAUAUUCAAAAUUAUUCUUGCGAUUUAAAGGCUCUUUAUCAUAUUAUAUGUAGCUACUCUCCACAAAUUUUCGCUCCACACACAAUCGCAGUGAAGAGUUAAUUACGAAUUCCUCUCGAACCGAUAACGAGCCGCGUGUAAAGCUUUUCUAAUGCCUUUCUUGCAAUCAGUACUCCACGAACCAACGGCCAAAGAAGUUUUUUCAAGCUAAAGAAAUAAUCAAACAGAAAAGAAUUUAUGAAUUAAAUGCAAAAAGUACUGGUUACAUUUCCGAAAAUGUCAAGCUUUCAAACAUUCUUGCUCCUGAUCGUCACGUUGUGUGUGAGUUGGAAAAGUGCUAUUGCUGCAAAAGUGUGCAGUGCAGAGAAUAAAGAGUGGGCGUGUAAGUCCGGCGACUGUAUUGCAACAAAAAAUCUGUGCGAUGGCAUCCCGCACUGCCGCGAUGGUUCCGAUGAGACGAAAGCAUCUUGCAAAGGGAUGCAAUGUUCAUUUGCUUCAUUUCGCUGUGAUUAUGGUGCAUGUAUAUUACUCGAUUUCGUGUGUGACGGUAUUCCCGAUUGUGUUGAUUCAUCAGAUGAGGACAGUGAGAUGUGUCUCAAACGACGCAAUGAUUUACUGAAUGAUGAAAUAGAUGAGGAAAUAAAUCGAAAAAAAUGUAUUGAUGACGGGCAAAUGGAGUGUUGGUCGGGUCAGUGUAUCAGCAUCACUGAUAAAUGUAAUGGCGUAGAGGACUGUGACGACGGUACUGAUGAGCUGUAUUCUUUGUGCCAGACGAUAUUGUGUAUGCAACAUCAGUUCCAAUGCGAUUAUGGCGCGUGUUUACCCAUGAAAGCCAAAUGUAAUGGAACAAAGGAAUGCUUCGAUGGCAGCGAUGAGUACGAAGGACUUUGAAAGAAGGAAAUUGC